GUAGAGCGAACACAAGCGAUAGAGCAAAAGUCAGUUGCGGGAGAAUAGCAGCAGGUGGCGUGGUUGGGGUUCCCUUAUGUAUUCUCAAGUGUAGUGUAGCGCGGUGUUGGUCGAUGGGUCAUGCGUGAUGGCGGGAUGAUUUUGAUAAUUUUUGUCGCCCACUACCAGUUGGUGACGGACGUGAAACAGAAAUUGGCCCGGCUAGCACGCGGACAGCCAAUGAAUAGUUUCUGCUGCCUGCAAAUCGUGGUCGAUGAUGGUCGAACAACUCAUCAAUCCUGUAAUGGGCGGAGACGCCUACGAACCGUACUCAUGCACCAUUGGAGCGCGUGCGGGGCAGAUCAAGUCGAGAUUGAGAUGCGCAACAUGCACUCGAAAUCCUCGCAAGCUGCCGUCCUUCAGCUUGUGCCAAUCCGAAGAGCCGUAAAGCAUAGCGGGUUCUCAAGGGCUGUCAUGUUUGCUUUGGGGCCAGGAGUGUGCAUAUGCGAAUGCCUCAAAUCGAUGCAGCCUUGGCGCGCUACUGGGGCCGGCAGGGGUCUGAAGCUCGUAGGUAACCAGAGCUACGCGGCGUAAGGCAAGCUCCACCACGACAUCGCCAUCUACACGACUCUCUUGUCUAUCUUCUGCGUCCGACGUGUGCUUGCUUCUAUAGAGUAGGGUUAGCUACAAUAGAGCCUCCUUUCGCACAUUCACAGCCAUGUCGUCACCCUUCUCAAUAAGUACGGCCACA